GAGGUGGGCGGAGGGGGGAGGCGGGUGUUAUACCAACGCUCCGGGGAAGGCUGAGCAUUUGCAAAUUCCGGCUGUGGAGCGCGGGCAGCGGGGAACAUCCUCUCGCCGCCGGCCGGCCGGGCGGCAGCCGCAGCGCAGGACGAGGCUUCCCGGUCCCUCGCUCGCCGAACGCUGCCCCCGUUAUCCCCGCCUCCCCCUGCCCGCCUCUGCCGCUAGGUGCUGGCGGCCGCCGUGCCCCGUGCCUCCUGUGCGACCGAGCGGAGAGCGGCAGCCCGCGGAGGUCCGCUGGGAGCAGAGCACUCGGCUAGAGAGCCUGUCCCUCUCCCAGCCGCGCAGGCAUAAGCAGAGCCCUGGGCUGAACAGUCAUGACAGCUGAAAAGACUAUUCCUAUAAUUAAUGGCAAGCCAGAAGAUGUUUUAGACCCAGAAGCCUCAAGUACCAGCCUUGUCCACAGCAAUGAUAAGAAAGUUCAUGAAAGAGGCCACUGGAACAAUAAGGUUGAAUUUGUGCUUUCUGUGGCAGGGGAGAUUAUUGGGUUGGGAAAUGUAUGGAGAUUCCCAUAUCUUUGCUACAAGAAUGGAGGAGGUGCUUUCCUCAUCCCAUAUGUGGUUUUCUUUAUUUGCUGUGGAAUACCAGUUUUUUUCUUGGAGACAGCCUUGGGACAGUUUACUAGUGAAGGAGGCAUUACCUGCUGGAGGAAAGUUUGUCCUUUGUUUGAAGGCAUUGGAUAUGCUACCCAAGUUAUAGAGGCACAUCUAAAUGUAUACUACAUCAUCAUUUUAGCAUGGGCUAUAUUCUAUCUGUUUAACUGCUUUACUACAGAGCUUCCUUGGGCUACGUGUGGGCAUGAAUGGAAUACAGAAAACUGUGUGGAAUUUCAAAAACUUAAUAUGAGCAACUGCAGUCAAGUCUCUUUACAAAAUGCCACUUCUCCAGUGAUGGAAUUUUGGGAACGCAGGGUGCUAGCUAUAUCUGAUGGGAUUGAACAUAUUGGGAAUCUUCGCUGGGAACUUGCCCUGUGCCUCCUCGCUGCUUGGACUAUCUGCUAUUUUUGCAUUUGGAAAGGAACAAAGUCAACUGGAAAGGUUGUAUAUGUAACAGCUACGUUUCCCUAUAUCAUGCUGAUGAUUCUUCUGAUUCGAGGAGUAACACUGCCGGGUGCUUCUGAGGGGAUAAAAUUCUACUUGUACCCUGACCUUUCUCGACUCUCUGACCCACAGGUGUGGGUUGAUGCUGGUACACAGAUAUUUUUCUCUUAUGCAAUCUGCUUGGGGUGCUUGACAGCUCUGGGAAGUUACAACAACUAUAAUAACAACUGCUACAGAGACUGCAUCAUGCUCUGCUGCUUGAACAGUGGCACAAGCUUUGUUGCUGGUUUUGCUAUCUUUUCAGUUCUUGGAUUUAUGGCUUAUGAACAAGGUGUGCCCAUUGCAGAAGUGGCAGAAUCAGGACCAGGACUUGCAUUCAUUGCUUACCCUAAAGCUGUUACCAUGAUGCCUCUUUCUCCCCUGUGGGCAACUCUGUUCUUCAUGAUGCUCAUAUUCCUUGGAUUAGAUAGUCAGUUCGUGUGUGUUGAAAGCCUCGUGACAGCUGUUGUAGAUAUGUACCCAAAGAUUUUCCGAAGGGGUUACAGAAGAGAACUGUUGAUUCUUGGACUUUCCAUUGUGUCGUAUUUCAUUGGUCUGAUAAUGUUAACUGAGGGUGGGAUGUACGUCUUUCAGUUAUUUGACUCUUAUGCAGCUAGUGGCAUGUGCCUUCUUUUUGUUGCCAUAUUUGAAUGUGUCUGCAUAGGCUGGGUUUAUGGCAGCAAUCGCUUUUAUGACAACAUUGAGGAUAUGAUUGGGUACAAACCACUAACAUUGAUUAAAUGGUGCUGGAUGGUCUUAACUCCAGGUAUUUGUGCAGGAAUCUUCAUUUUCUUCCUGGUGAAAUACAAGCCUUUGAAAUAUAACAAUGUAUAUACAUACCCUGACUGGGGCUAUGGCAUAGGGUGGAUGAUGGCUCUCUCUUCCAUGAUCUGCAUCCCUUUGUGGGUCUGCAUUAAGCUGUGGAAGGCAGAAGGCACUUUCAUAGAGAAAUUCAGGAAGUUGAUUACACCUAGCUCAGAUCUGAAAAUGAGAGGGAAACUUGGAGGAAGAUCCUACAUUGCUGCAAUAAAUGACUGCGACUCCAAACUGAAAGGAGAUGGCACCAUUUCAGCCAUUACAGAAAAGGAGACACAUUUCUGAAAGAACUAUUUUUUUUGUAUAAAAAAUAAAUAAAUUCACUUAAUUAUA